AUGAGUGAGUCGAAGGAAAAGACGAAGUGUGAAGAGGAGCAUAUAGAGGCUGAGAGCCAAGAAAAGGAGGAAAGAAGGAAGUUAAAGGGAAAUGGCCAAGUGUUGUUGGCUAAUUACAAGGAGAUAAGAGAGGAAAUUGAGUCCGGAAGUUCUUUAAUCCUUAUUACUCAUAGGGAUCAUGCGCUACAAACUAACCAAUCUCAUUCUUGUCUGCCCAAUUCUAUUUCCUUUAUUUUGCAGGAAUAUCAGGAUGUCUUCCCAAAGGAGCUUCCAAGAGGAUUGCCCACUCUUCGGGGAAUUGAGCACCAAAUUGAUUUCGUGCCGGGAUCACAAUUGCCAAACAAGCCGGCCUAUCGAAGCAAUCCAGAGGACACCAAGGAGCUACAAAGGAAAGUUGAGGAACUCUUCAACAAAGGUUAUGUGAAGGAAAGCACGAGUCCAUGCGCCGUGCCGAUUCUAUUGGUUCCAAAGAAAGAUGGGACAUGGCGCAUGUGUGUUGACUGUCGAGCCAUCAACAAGAUUAUGGUAAAGUAUCGUCAUCCUAUUCCUAGGUUAGAUGAUAUGCUUGAUGAAUUGAAUGGCUCUUGUGUGUUUUCAAAGAUUGAUCUUAGGAGCGGUUAUCAUCAAAUCCGGAUGAACCUCGGUGAUGAAUGGGCUUUGGGUAAUUGGCAACAUUACUUGUGGCCCAAGGAAUUUGUCAUUAGGAUUGAUCAUGAGUACCUAAAGCAUAUUCGGGCCCAAGGAAAGUUGAACAAGAGGCACGCCAAAUGGAUUGAAUUCCUUGAAACUUUCCCUUAUGCAUUGUAUCCCAAAGAUCCCGGUUUGCUCAAAUCUUCAAAGAUUGUGAGGAAUGGGAGAGGGAAAGAUGGGGGUAAGCUAGCUGAAGCUAUGAAAAAGCUUCAUGAAACGGUGUGGCUGCGCUUGGAAAAGAAGAACCAAGAAGUAGCAAAAAGGGUUAACGAAGGAUGCAAACGGAUUGUGUUUGAACCAGGUGAUUAG